ACGAUCUGAUUGGUUGAUCGGCUCCCUAACAAGGGAGAGCCUCGAGGACUGUUGCGUUCACAUCCAGUUAGAGCCAGAAAGGGAGAGGAGCGCGGUUCGGCGAGUAGGAAGCAAGGGGUGAGCUUCUCUGAAACCGGGAAAGCCUCCAAAUACCGAGCAUGACGAGGGGGAACCAGCGUGAGCUUGCACGUCAGAGAAAUGCCAAAAAGCAGACGGAACACAGCAAGGGCAAAAGGAAUGAUGACGGUCUGUCUGCAGCAGCGCGGAAGCAGAGGGAUGCAGAGAUAAUGCAACAAAAACAGAAGAAGGCCAAUGAAAAAUCAGAAAAUAAGCCAAAGUAAUAGUGACCGAUCGAAACUUCACUCUGAGACAUUAAUCCUGAUGUUUGAGAAUAGUUUUUUUUGAUUAGGUUCCAGAUCAUAGAUAACAUUUGUGUAAUCUCUAACAUGUUGGAUCAGAUGGUUUUGUUUCACAUGGUCAGCAUGGAAUGCUUUUGAUGUUUGCUUUUCAGAUGGUGCACAGGUUUCGCUAUUCUGAACAGUACUUUCAUGUAAAAAGGACAAGUUUGGAUCUACAUAAAUCUUGUAUUUUUUUACCCUGUAUUUUGUGCACCCCAGACUUGAUAACAUAAUAAAGUAGCUUUCUAGUU